UUCAUGGCAAACAAUUGUUUCAAGUUCUUACAAAUCAUGGCGAAAGCCCCGGAUAAGAGAAGAGAGAGACGACUCGAGACCCAAGACUCAAGACUCGAGACCCAAGACUCAAGACUAAGACUCAAGACUCAGGACUCAAGAGUUUCUGAAUUGAAUUUUAUACUAAAUGGAUGAGAACUUAAUAAUGCACUCUUAUCUGAGCAUAUUGCUGAAAAUCACCAUCUUUCUGGCUGUGGAAGUAUUGGGUGUGGUAACUGACCAAUGGGCUCCUGCAAGUCCCCUUAUGUUGUUCUUCUUCUAUAUGUCUUGGUUUUCUUUGUGUAUCAAUCUUUUGCUUUUGGAGUUGAUACGAACCAGACAGCAAAGCUGCUGGUAGAUGCUUCUGAAGCAUCAGGACGGCCAAUAUCUGAAACAAUGUUUGGAAUUUUCUUUGAGGAGUUUAACAAUGCUGGUGCUGGCGGGCUAUGGGCUGAGCUUGUAAGCAACAGAGGUUUUGAAGCUGGGGGCCCAAACGUUCCUUCCAACAUUGAUCCUUGGUCAAUAAUUGGGAAUGAGUCAUCUUUGAUAGUGUCAACAGACCGUUCUUCGUGCUUUGACCGCAACAAGGUUGCACUCCGAAUGGAGGUGCUAUGUGAUAGCCAAGGUGCCAAUAGCUGCCCUGAUGAUGGUGUAGGAAUUUAUAACCCCGGGUUCUGGGGCAUGAAUAUUGAAAAAGGGAAGACCUACAGUGUUGUUCUUUAUGUCCGCUCAUCUGGAUCAAUCAAUGUGUCCGUAUCAUUGACAGGCUCAGAUGGGUUGCAGAAACUUGCUGCUGCGAACAUUAUAGCUUCUGGUUCAGAAGUUUCAAACUGGAAAAAAUUCAAAGUUAUGUUGGAAGCCCAAGGAACAAAUCCUAAUUCAAGACUGCAAUUGACAACAACCAGAAAAGGGUUUAUAUGGUUUGAUCAAGUGUCAGUCAUGCCCCUGGAUACAUAUAAGGGACAUGGAUUUCGGAAGGACCUUGUUCAACUGUUGGAAGAUUUAAAACCUCAAUUUAUGAGAUUUCCAGGUGGCUGUUUCGUCGAAGGUGCAUGGCUACGAAAUGCAUUUCGUUGGAAAGAAACAAUUGGACCCUGGGAAGAGAGACCUGGACACUUUGGUGAUGUUUGGAUGUACUGGACUGACGAUGGACUUGGUUAUUUUGAGUUUCUCCAACUAGCAGAGGACCUUGGUACAUUGCCAAUAUGGGUAUUUAAUAACGGAAUCAGUCACAAUGAUCAAGUUGAUACUGCCAGUGUCUUACCAUUUGUACAGGAAGCUCUUGAUGGUCUUGAGUUUGCUAGGGGCAACCCUAAUUCUACCUGGGGUUCUCUCCGUGCUGCAAUGGGACACCCAGAACCCUUUGACUUGAGAUAUGUUGGUAUUGGGAAUGAGGAUUGCGGAAAAAAGAACUACCUAGGAAAUUACCUUAAGUUCUAUAGUGCUAUAAAACGUGCCUAUCCAGACAUCAAAAUAAUUUCAAACUGUGACGGAUCUUCUCAAAAGUUGGAUCAUCCAGCUGAUUUGUUCGAUUUUCAUUUCUAUACAGAUGAUGCCAAAAUCAUGUCGUCUAUGGCUCAUCAGUUUGAUCAUACAUCACGUAGUGGUCCCAAGGCUUUUGUGAGUGAGUAUGCCGUCACAACAGGAAGUCUUCUAGCAGCACUAGGUGAAGCUGGAUUUCUUAUUGGGCUGGAGAAAAACAGUGAUGUUGUUGAGAUGGCAAGUUAUGCACCACUCUUUUCCAAUGACAGGAGGGCGAACUUCGCUGCAAUCGUCUUUAACUCCUCACAUCUCUAUGGGACUCCUAGCUACUGGGUGCAAUGUCUUUUUAACGAAUCAAGUGGAGCAACUAUUUUCAAUGCAACACUCAAAACAAAUUCGUCUACUGAUCAAGUGGAGCAACUUCUUGCAUCUGCAAUUUCUUGGAAAAAUUCAGAAAAUGAGAAUAGUUACCUAAGAAUCAAGAUUGUGAACUUGGGAACAAACAUAGUGAAUCUCAAGAUUGUUGUGGACGGGUUGGAGCCGAAUUCCAUUAAUCUGUCUGAGUCAACCAAGACCGUGCUCACGUCAACCAACGUGAUGGAUGAGAAUUCCUUAAAUGAGCCAAAGAAGGUGAUACCGAACCGGAGUCUACUUGAGAAGGCUGGGGAAGAUGGUGAGGAUGUGGAGGUUGUAAUCUCGCCGAAUUCUUUCACUUCUAUUGAUUUCUUAAUAGAAUCAAGCUAGAGCUGAUUCUGUCUCUGUAUCUUCUAUUUAAAAGUUUGAAAUUGAAUAAGGGCUCAUUUUAAAUUGGUUUUAAAUGUUGCUUUUGGUAAGGAAACACUAGCUAGUCUUAAUGGGGUUCCUUGCGAAAGGGCACAAAUAACAGACUUUUGGGAUUUUAGUCUUUGGAUUCUGAUUCUUUACCCCUAUUGUAUUACUAACUAAAGGGUUAUCCUUUAUUUUUGAGUUUUAUUGAACUUAAACAUAUACAAGCACCUUGCGACAGGCUUGUAAGUUGUAACUCAAGGAACUUAGGAGCAUUUACCUCUUCAUCCGAGAUUAUAGGUUUGAUUACCCACUCCUAUAUUACUCUUAUAAAAGAAAGACUUAUUUACUGUUUAA